UAUAAUAAAUAUAUAUACAUCAUGUCAACUUCUAUCGCUACUACUGGUCCUCAUCUUUGGCUUCGUGCUGAAACCAAGCCCAUGGAACACAGAGCUGCAUUAACGCCUGCAACUGCAAAAGAAUUAUUAAACGCCGGCUAUAGAAUCACCGUUGAACGCUCUGAAGAACGUAUCUUUGAUGAUGAAGAAUAUUCAAAUGUUGGCUGCACCCUUGUUGAUAAACUUAGCUGGAAGACAGAUGCUCCUGCUGAUGCCUACAUUGUCGGUUUGAAGGAGCUUCCUGAAAAUGAUACUUCUCCACUUCAUCAUACCCACAUCUUCUUUGCUCACUGCUUUAAGAACCAAGCUGGCUGGAAAGAACUACUUCAACGCUUUGAUGCUGGCAAAGGUACCAUCCUUGACCUUGAAUUCUUGAAUGACUCAAAUGGUCGCCGUGUGGCUGCUUUUGGUUAUAUGGCAGGUUUUGCAGGUUCUGCUGUUGGUAUUGAUGUUUGGUGUCACCAAAAGACGAAUCCUGGUGAAGUCUACGGUGCCCUUACUCCUUAUCCAAACGAAGAUGCCUUAAUCAAUUAUAUCAAGGGACGUUUAGCUAAUGCAGCUGCUUUAAACAACAAUCAAUAUCCAACGGUCAUGGUCAUGGGUGCUUUAGGUCGCUGUGGUACGGGUGCCUGCGACUUUGCCCGUAAGGCAGGUAUUCCUGAAGAAAACAUCAUCAAGUGGGAUAUAAAUGAAACCAAGAAUGGUGGCCCUUUCCCCGAGAUUCUUGAAGCUGAUAUCUUUGUUAACUGCAUUUAUCUCAAUCAAAAGAUUCCUCCAUUUAUCACUCAAGAAUUAAUAGAUGGUCCUCGCAAACUUUCUGUCAUUUGUGAUGUCUCUUGUGAUACAACUAAUCCUAAUAACCCUAUUCCCGUUUAUUCUAUCAACACUACGUUUGACAAGCCUACGGUCCCUGUCAAGACAUCGAACCCCUAUCCUUUGGAAGUUUGUUCUAUUGAUCAUCUACCUACACUCUUGCCUAGAGAAAGUUCAGACAUGUUCUCUCGCGAUCUUUUACCCACUAUGCUUGCUUUGAAGAAUCGUCAUGAAUCCCCUGUUUGGAAUGGUGCCGAAAACUUGUACAAGGAAAAACUUGAAGCAUCAAGAUCAGCCUAAAUACAUCCUCAUCUUUUCUCACGCUCCCAUCUUGUAUAGUAAAUAGAAACUUUAUUUUUCAUUUUGUAUAUCCUCUAAAAUAAAAAACGAUGCAAACUUCGACAAAAAAAAAAGCAUAUAUUAUGUAUUCACAACAGUAUAGGGUCAACAUUUCUUUUAAUUAUGUGAAAAAAAUGACUGAACAACACCAACUGUUAGCUCGUUACCUUACACGUUGUAUCUGUCUUAUAAGUAAUCGUGUGAAAUUAGUUUAUGCCCAUACUUUAAGAACGAAGCCCACUCAUAUUCAGUCG